CGAAGCAGCCAGCCUACCACCAACGCCGACGCGGCCACGUCCCCACCCAAAGAAAAAAGAGCCCCGGCCAGAGCCUGAGAGCCAUGGCGGCCACGAGCUCCGCCGCCGCGGCAGCAGCGCUCGCAUCCCUCUCCUUCCCCGCCUCCGCCUCCUGCUCCCGCGUAUCCGCCAGCGGCCACCGCGGCCCGAGGUCCAUCAGGGGCGCCACCAUCAGAUGCUCCAGCGCGUCGCCGAACCUGUCCCAGGGCGCUCCGGCGCCGGCGCCGCCCAAGCCGCAGAUCGAGCUCGAGUUCCUCGGGCCGAAGCCGGGUGCGGACGGCUCCUACCCGGUGGACCGGGCGGAGGCGGCGAGCGGCGAGAAGCUCCUCCGCACCAUCAUGAACGAGAACAAGAUCGAGCUCUACGCUGCAUACGGUAAGGUGAUGAACUGCGGCGGCGGUGGGAGCUGCGGCACUUGCAUCGUGGAGAUCCUUGACGGAAAGGAGCUCCUGAAUGAAAGGACGAACACGGAGAACCGGUACCUGAAGAAGAAACCGGAGUCAUGGAGGCUAGCUUGUCAGACUAUUGUAGGCAACAAGGAGAACUCCGGCAAGGUUGUGGUCCAACGGCUGCCCCAGUGGAAGAAAUGAUUGUGCGGCAUACUUGAUCUGCACCACACUACUCGAUGUACUGAGUCUGAUAGCAUGUGGUCAUCGAGCUGUAUCUGACUAAAUGUCAUGCACUGUGCAAUCGAGAAGAGAAAGUAUUGCCUCAUCAAUGUCGCUUGUAGUUGUAGUCAGUUCUCUUGAAUGUACUCACACCAUUCCAAAAUGUAGGUUGUUUUGAUUUUUGAGUUCUUUUAGGUUCAUUGCUUUUUUGCUAUGCACCUAAACAUUGUUAUAUUUACUAUAUAUGUACAUGUAACAAACACUAAGAAUCAAGAAAAGCCAAAACGAUCUACAUUUUGAAACUGAA